AUGGCAGCCUCCGAAGCUGAGAUCUUUGAGACUUUGGAGGCGUUGGAAGCUCCGGUACCUCACGAAAAGCGUUUGGAGGAUUGGAGGGACGUGAUUGGGGAUGUGGAUCAUGAUGCGAAUGAGCAUCACCUUCCGGUCCUGACACAAUUUCUUACCUCGAUGUGCUUGACACGUGAGAAGUUCCUUCGAGCGACGCCAGCGCAUCGAAUCACGAGGCGCGCUGGGCGGGCGUUAAGACAAGGCACGCAAGUGAGCUUUCGGGAUAGCCGAAAGGUGAAAGAGAUCAGCAAAUUCAUAUCCCAUAGCUGGCAGGCAUCACCAUUGCUGAAGACACUGACCUUGCACAGAUUUUACAAUUUGACGGCUGCUGCGCUGGCUGGUACUCUGGGUGCAAUGUUGGGGACGAUCCUUUUUUCUUGCGGCCUCUUGCCGGGCUUCGAGAGAGCUCCGAGAUUUGGCACGGAACCACUCCUUCAGGGACUGUGGUCUUUAUGCCUAGGGCAGCUGCUUUUUGUGUUGGUGCUGAUUUUCCGCGCACCUCGAGAUAUGGUGUUUUUGGAUCGACUCUGCAUCGACCAGGAAAAGCAUCGAGCAAAGAUAGAAGGUGUGCUGAACAUCGGAGCCUGUCUGAAGCAUUCCAAGGCUUUGCUGGUGAUUUGGGACGUGACCUAUUGCCAAAGGCUGUGGUGUUUGUUCGAAAUGGCAGCCUUUCUGAAAACCCACGAGGACGCCGUCAUCAUCGAGCCUGUGUCUCUGACAGUCUAUUGUCUGGGGACCUUCUUCUUCAACGCGGUGUGGUGUGGCAGCGUUGUACUUCCGAAUAAUAGCCAGGUCACUGCUCCAAUUGUCUUAGUUCUGGCAGCGUGCGCUUAUGGCUGGUUUUUUGGCGAGGUUCUGCUGAGAUACUCCCAAAGUCUUCAGAGCCUCAAGGCUCAGUUGCAGAACUUUCGAUUUGCGGAGGCUGAAGUCUAUUGCUGCUCUGUGGGGCACAAGGCUCGAAACGGUGAAGACCUACUGUGUGAUCGCAAAGUCUUGCAGAAAUGCGUUCAGGCUUGGUUCGGUUCCAUGGAGGACUUUGAGCAGUCGGUUCAGACCCGUGUGAGGGAUGCAUUGAGCCAUCAUUUUGGCGGCAAUUUCUGUCCGCCUCAUUUGCUAAUCAUAGCAUCCCUGCCCUUAUUGUGGGCCCACAUGGACUUUGCGGCUGCAUGGUUUUUGCAGAAUGAGAUGAUGGUUGGACUGGGCAUGUUGAUUCUGGGCUUGGCGGGUACCUUCAUUGCUCCCUUUGCAGUGCCAGGCGUGGUGUUGGCAUGCAUGCGACGCAUGCCCCGUUCCUAUCCGGCCCUUCAAAAGCUCGCGGCAAGUGCAAUAUAUAUGGUGGCGAACCUCAUUACCCAAGGCAGCGUCCAGCUGCUUUUCAGCUCUUUAGGAGUAUUGCCUGGCUCGCUGGUCUUCAGCGCCUUGCUUGUGCUUCCUAAUGUUCUGGUGUGGGAGUUUUGCAGCCGAAUUUUCUAG